GGAGAGAGAUUGAGAGCCAGCCGGUGGCGGCAGGAGCUCUAGCCUACUUAGCUCGUGCGGCCGGCACCCAUUGGCCAGAUGGGCCAGCCAAUAGGAAACGCCGGCGGUUUGUGCUCCGCGUGAUACAGCGAAGGAAGUGUCCUGCCCUCUGUCUCUAUUGGCUGCUCUUCGCCUCCCCUCCCCCUCCCGCCCAGGGCCCUUUUGGCCUGCCUCAGUCGGCACACAAGCGCGAGCUUGGGGGCGGGCCUCUGAGAGGAGCCUGUGCUCUCCGCUGGAGUGGCAGCCAUUUCACUCUCAACCUCUGAGCAGCUGAAAUGAUACUUCAUUGGCCCUUAAACGAUAGCUGGCCCAACCUGAGGCAUUUUACAUGCCGUGUGGUAUUGUACAUGUUAUUUAGUUAUAGUGUCAGAAGCGAGCUGAGAUUACAGUUAAAAUGUGCUUAAAAACACAAAGUUUAAAAACUUGACAUGAUGCUUAAUGUCUUUUGACCAGGAUCUGGCCACUUGGGACUGCCUCUGGUGUCGCUGUGAAAGGGCCCUCCAUUGUGCAUGUGGCAGGGCUCAGGCUGUAUUGUAGUCGGUCAGUGGUGCCCAACCUUUUUUUGACCAGGGCCAGUGGCGCAAUGGAUAACGCGUCUGACUACGGAUCAGAAGAUUCUAGGUUCGACUCCUGGCUGGCUCGGCAAAAUUUAUUUCCUGCUUCUUGGCAGGGGGAUUGGACUAGAUGACCCAUGAGGUCUCUUCUAAUUCUAUGAUUCUAUAACUAGGGACCAGUUUGACUCAGUUUUUGGACAACUUUAGAUUUGGUUUGGGGUGUUGGUUAUGAAAAUUGCAUUGAAUAGACCACAUCAGCUCUAGUUUCUGAUACAGAACAUAUGCCAUCCAGUAGUUGCCAUCUCAUUGCAACAUAGUAGCUCAGACUGCAUUGGAGUAGGUGUUCUGUGGUUUGCUCUUCUUUGCACUUGCAUGUCGUGGACUCCACUUUGUGGCCCCAUUUCUUAAGGACUUCCAGCAUUGUACAUGUUGAAACUGCAGUCUUCUUUGACUUCCAUCAUCUGAAACAUCAUACUGUACUUUUAAAUUAUUAUCUUCAGCUCUGCCUGUUUUUCAGUCUUGAUUCGUUUUCUUGUGCUCAGUGGUUAUCCACUAUGGUUUGGCUCCAAGGUACACAAAUCCAUGAAUUCCCAGCUCCCUUUAAAAAAAAAUCCCUUUUAAAAAAAUACAAGAAUUUGGUUUCUGAAUUUUUUAACAAAAAGUUUUUCAAGCAGAGGACUGAAUGUGCUGCAAGUGUUUUUGUCCUGUCAUGUGAAGACAUAUUGCCACAUAGCUAUUGGGAUGUUUUCCAGAAAUCCCAUAUUUAUAAACUUUUCAGAACAAAAUGUAGAUGUAACCUCCUUCCCAUUACAACUAUGGAUUCAUGUGCCAGGUAUAUUUUGAACAUUUAUCCCAUUGAAAUUCAGUUGGUCAAGGGAAGGAUAUUAGAGGCAAAGAUGAAGUACUUUGGCCACAUAAUGAGACAGGAAAGCCUGAAGAAGAUAAUGAUGCUGGGGGGAAAGGAAGAGGGCCUGACCAAGGGCAAGAUAGAUGGAUGGUAUCCUUGAAGUGAUUAGCUUGACCUUGAAGGCGAAUCAUUGAGUUGGAAGAGACCUUGUGGGCCCCUGUCAAGAAGCAGGAAAAUCACAUUCAAAGCAUGAGGUCACGAAGAGCCAGUGCAUGAGGUCAUGAAGAGUCGGAAGCAACGGAACGAAUAAACAACAAAAUUUACCUCACAUUUUAAAAGAUGGAUUUAGCGAACCAUGGACUUAUUCUGCUUCAGCAACUCAAUGCUCAGAGGGAAUUUGGCUUCCUUUGUGACUGCACAGUUGCAAUUGGCGAUGUCUACUUCAAGGCACACAAGUCUGUCCUUGCUGCUUUUUCGAACUAUUUCAAGAUGUUAUUUGUUCAUCAAAGCAGUGAAUGUGUCCGUUUGAAGGCAACUGAUAUACAGCCAGAUAUUUUCAGCUAUCUUUUGCAUUUGAUGUACACUGGGAAGAUGGCACCUCAACUCAUUGAUCCAGUUCGCUUGGAACAAGGAAUAAAGUUUCUGCAUGCAUACCCAUUGAUUCAAGAGGCUAGCCUUGCCAGCCAAGGUAACUUUGCACAUGCAGAGCAAGUUUUUCCGCUGGCAUCUUCGUUAUAUGGGAUUCAGAUUGCAGAUCACCAGGCAAAAAACCCAACAAAGGCAGCCACAGCAACUGACAAACCUGUUCGAGAGCCAAGGCCACAGCCGAGAGUAAGCCAAGAACAGGUGCACGAAGCCCCCCAGGUGUCCCAGUUACCCCCAGCAGCUCUGCCUCAAGUGCCCCAGACAAAUAUGGCCGCUUCUGACCAGCUGCAGCCUUCGCUGUCUCCAGAAUUGGCAUCGGCUCCUUCUCAACCUUCUCCCCCAGGAGAUGAAAACAACAUGGAGGCCUCUUCUUCGGAUGAUCAGCCUGCUUCCCUCACAAUAGCUCAUGUUAAGCCAAGCAUUAUGAAAAAGAACGGAAGCUUCCCCAAGUACUAUGCUUGUCAUCUCUGUGGUCGACGGUUCAAUUUGCGAAGCAGUUUGCGUGAACACCUCCAGAUUCACACUGGAGUGCCCUUCACGUCUAGCCAGCAUGGCGAAAGCAGUGUUCCCUUGUCUCUUUGUAAUAACGUACCUGAGAAAGAUGCAAUGGAAGUGGCUGAAACAGGUAUGAUCAGUGACAGUGAGCUGCAGCAGAUCUCAGAUUCACCAAUCAUUGAUGGGCAGCAGCAGGCAGAAACACCGCCUCCCUCUGAUAUUGCUGACAUAGACAACUUGGAGCAGGCAGAUCAAGAAAGGGAGGUCAAAAGGCGAAAAUAUGAAUGUUCCAUUUGUGGGCGCAAAUUCAUCCAAAAAAGCCAUUGGAGAGAACACAUGUACAUACAUACCGGCAAGCCUUUCAAGUGUAGUACGUGUGACAAAAGUUUCUGCCGGGCCAAUCAAGCUGCUAGGCAUGUAUGUCUAAACCAAAGCAUAGACACCUACACGAUGGUGGACAAGCAGACUCUGGAGCUCUGUACUUUUGAGGAGGGCAACCAGAUGGACAACAUGUUGGUGCAGACUAACAAACCCUAUAAAUGCAACCUAUGUGACAAAACAUUUUCCACCCCUAAUGAAGUUGUCAAACAUUCGUGCCAAAGUCAGAACUCUGUCUUUACACUAGAAGAGGAUAGAUCUAUUCUGCUUGGAAGUGGGGAUACUGAAACCACAGAGAGUGACCAUUCUGUCUUAGACUCCAUCAAAAAAGAACAGGAAGCAGUGUUGUUGGACUAACUCUGAUAUAGAAGUGAUUUUUUUAAAAAAAAGCUAAAAACAUGUGUUUUAUUCUUUGUUUUUGUUGUUUUUUACUUAACCUAUCCUCCUUCCCUUCAUCCAGCCAUAACUAUACUGACAUGAAAGAAAGUCUGGCUCUUGCCCUUUUUUCUCCCCAGCAAAAACACAAAAUUAAUAAAGAUUAUUGUAUGCAAAUAUAAUAAUGUAUUUUAAUACAGAAGAAAAUGUGUAAAGGUAACUCAGUUAACUAAGCUGUAAUGCUAAGAAUGCAAUUGUAUAAGAUUAGCCAGUUUUAAGGUCAAGUACAUGUUUGAAUGCAGUGAGAUGCAAGGUAAACUAAGACAGAAAGGAAACAAACACAGCUUUAUCAAAGUACAAUUCUUUUAUUGCAAAUAGACUUUUUAGAGGAAAACUAGCUGGGGAUAUAGAAUUCUAAUGAGAUGUGUAUUUCUCAUUUUACAAAAACUUGGAAAUUCACUUAACAAAAAGGAUACUUUUUUAAUGCACAAGUUUUUUGUCAAGUGUUUGUUCCAGGUAAUGUCGUUGACAUGCCCAUUCAAAAAGUGUAUUGCUAAAGCUAUCAAGCCAGCACAGUGACUUGUUAGUAAGUCCCAUUGACAGCAGUAGGACUUAAAUCUCCAUGUAAAUGUGCUCAGGAUCAACAUUGACUUAAAAUAGCAGUAAUAAUGUGAUGGCAAUCUUUUAUAUGUAUAAAAAUGUGUUUGCGUGUAUGUUCUUCAGGUAAAUGCAGGUAAAUGUAUGCACGCACCCUUCCCAAUCAAGCUGGCCACCAAUUUUUAAUAACUGAACUUAACCAAUUGAUUCUUUUAACAAUAAUAUAUACAUUGAUCCUGGGUGUUUGCAUUUUCUGGCCCGGGUGCCGGUGGGGGUAAAAUGUACUGUAAUCCGAAACAGUGGAGGAAAUUGGAUUUCAGAAAACUUGUACACAACUAGCAGGAGAAACAGAUUUGAUUCUUUCUGGAGUCAUAGAAAAAGAACGAAAUAGAUCUUAAAACAGCCAUCUGAGUUUACCUGAUGAACCUGUAUGAAUGAAAGGAAAGAGAAUCUGAUCUUAAUAUUUAACUACUGGUAUCAUUUUAUAACUGAAAGGAAAAUGUAUCAUGGUUGGUUUUCUUGUAAUAGUGCAACACUGAAUGGGAAACUGUCCUUUGCGUUCCAUUAAUUUAUGUGCCAACUAGGCAACAUAUACAGAGAGGACACAUAGUGGACAGAACAAAUUUUAAAUCAAGUUUCUGAUUUUUGGAUUUCUUUUUUAUAUAUAAAUAUCAGAAUAUUCUCCAGUAGUAUUUAAAAACCCAAAAGUUGACAUGAAUAAUUUGUACUAGUGUGGAAAAUUCAAUAAGAGGAUCCACCCCACCAGAAACGCAGGAAGAGUUUUGAUGAGGGAGAGACAGGCAGAUACAGCUCUGCUUUUGUAUACAUGUUUUAUUUGAAUAUCACCCUAUUUUGUGUCUAGUUAUGUUUUCCAGUUUGUAUGUUUUAUACAUUAUUUCACAUAAUAAAAAUGGUAUAAAAUCAAA